CGUUCGCCUUCAACAAUGGACGAACAGAGCAUCAGGUCGUCACAACGUGUAUCUCGGUCAUGCGUCGAGUGCAGCCGAAGGAAGAUCAAGUGCGACAAGAAGAUCCCGUGUAAGCCAUGUGUGCGCCGAAAUCUUGCCCACGAGUGUCAGCGGCCCAUCACCCGCGUCCGAGGCAUGCUUACAGUGGCGAGCACCGUUGAUCGCAUGUCGGCAGACACCGAAGACAACACCGAACGCUGUGCCCUGCAAGCCCAAAUCGCAGAGCUAGAAACAGCUUUGGCCCUUUCCAAACCAUGCGGACACACUCAUGGCAGCAAACCCGAGUCGCAUCGCCAGGGUCAAGUACCGAUACCCGCUUUCGAAGACCUCGUACCGGCUCUUGAGCAGUUCGAUCUGCAAGUUUCGCACGACUCGGAUCCUGUCGCCAUGUCGGAANAAGACAUGGCCGAUCGUCUAUACGAACCCUCUACCGACCCCGUCUUCCUCCUGCUACCCUCUAGAGAAAUCAGCGAGCAACUAGUGACCUUCUCCCUCCGCACCUUGGGCUGGCUGCAUGGUGCUGUCAACGCGCCCGAGUUUGUCACAGAGCACGAAGAGUUUUGGAAUGGAAUACACAGCGGUGUCGCUCUCGAUGUCAAAGACCGACCAUGGCUCGCACUAUACUUUGCUGUUCUGGCAACUGGUCUACUCUAUCUCGAUCCCGAGGAAGUGCCCGCCAUCUCGGAGUUGCCACAGCUAAAUCUCCAUCAAUAUCAGCAACAUGACGAGAUGGGAUAUGCUGUUCAUACGUCGCGUCUCUGGUAUGAGGUAGCGCUUAAAGAAGUCGAACGUUACGGAUGUUCUGGAUCACCUUCUUUGAGGAUAGUACAAGCCUUGUCGGUGCUGACUCUUUGUCACUCAAAUUUUGGCGAUUCUCAGAGGGAGUGGCUGUUUACUGGAUGGGCGGCCAGCAUUGCGCGUUGUCUUGAUAUGCACCGUUUGGGCAGUGAAGUAGCACACGCGCGAAACUUGAGCGCCAGACCCGAGUGGUCGUCUUUUGAAAAGCGUGAACUCGGUCGUCGCGUUUGGUGGACUUACGUCAUUCGAGACUGCUGGUCUCGCCCACCGUCAAUCACACCAGCCAGUUUCUGCUGCAAGUUCUCGACCGAGAACGAGGCUAACCACGACGCGAUUCUCGAAACGCCGACACACACGUCCAGCCCGUCCNCCCUGGUCUACCAAUCCGUCAUGUGUCGGCUGUCGUAUAUUUUCUACAUUUAUAUCAAAGUCAACACUCAUCAGAAUGCUUCCAAGUUCAUCAAGGCAUUGGAAGAAAUUGAGAUUGUCAAGCGAAAUUUACCUCUGCACUUGUCGACCAAGUUUCCAGCAAAUAUUGACGAUGAAGAAUGGGAAGCUACUCACCCCUGGAUCACCUUUCAGCGCUAUCUCAUAAAUACCGCCAUUGAUUUCAUGAUGCUCAGUAUUGCACGCACUCUGGCGAUGGGCAACAUCGGCAGCGAAUCAAAUCGUUACCGCGAUGCGGCCAUGGCAUCGGCCACGAGUAUCAUACACAGCUACUUGGCUCCGGUGGCGCGAGUAUACAAGCUUGUAUGGACAGUUUCAGCCUCGACUGUUGCCGCUGCGGUCUACACAUCUCUGGAUAUUCUCAUGAACCCUCAAGAUUACACACCCCAAAAACGACAGGAACACGUUGUUGUGCUGAAGCAAGUUGUCCAAGAACUCGGCAAGUAUUCCCAUGUCGCCAUCCACGCCGCGAAAGGAUCAGCCUCAAUACAANAGCUGAUAUCCCGUCUGGAGCAAAACUUUUCCAUGUCACAUCUUUCCGUCCACGAUAUUCUUCGCCAUCUCACAACUCAAGAAAUGCCUUCAACCUCAACCAGAGGCGUCGCAGAAGGUUAUGUCUUGCCAGCUCAAAACAUGCCAGUUCCUGUCGAUGGUUGGAACGAAAUGAUGGUCGGACAUGACAUGACCAUGCCGCACAUGGAUCAAGGGCACAUUGAUGGCUUGUUAGGUCCGUCAGAUACAUGGGACAGCUUUAUGGAGUUCCCGGCAUUCCAGCCUCCUGCUCAACACCAACAUCAACACCAGCACCACCACUAUGAAGGGUGA